GUCCUAAACCCGAGCGCCUGACGUCGAUACGCGAUGGAAGGUAGUCCACCUAAAGAAUUGCGCGACGCCUCGAACGCUGCUAAGCACAUUCGCGAGUUGAAUGUCAUUGAUCAGAAAAUUCCAGAGAUCCUCAAAUAUGCUCGCGCCGCCAUGGUCGCCCUUUCACCUUCGCCUACGAAUAACCCAACACUAGCUGAGAAUGACCCGGAUCCAACAGAUGAGCACAAAAGAGCCUUUCUCAAGGCAGCCAGAAGGUACUUUUCCCUCGUUCUUGACGUACAAGAUGCGCUCGCAGCACAGACGAAAGCCCUUGAAGACGCAGGUAUAAUUGCUAGCAAAGCAGAAGAUCAAGGAGAUGGAAGACACAUGAGUCUCGGACAACUGGAUGUGGGCUGGCUCAAUGAACGAAGAGGGGAUGUCGGACGAGGUUUCGAGGGUGAAUUGAUGGCUCAAGCAAGGGCGGUAGUGGAGAAGCUACUCAAAGAGCGCGGAAGUACAGAACAUACAAUGACUGGAGUCUGAUAUGACGAUGUGCGUACAUCGGUCUCCUCGUAGCAUUCGUAGGUCACGACGAGGUACUCUGGAAUGCUUGGAUAGUGUGCAAUUCCUGGCAUCGGUCCGUAGUAUUGCUUCUUACUGAGGGCCGGCGGGACAAAGUGCCUGGGCCUCCUGGGCAGCAUACUCUUACCCUUGCCACGACUUAGGAGCCUGUCGAAUGUGCUAUAACAUAGCCAUAAAGCCGCUCCAGAGCAAUUAUGUGUCCCCGGGCGCAG